AUUUCGCCUGCCUGAAACUCUCACCACCGCGGCGCCUGACAGCCCGAGCGAUCGCCGUCAAUCAUUCAUUCAGUCUUUUUCUCCGUUUCUCUCUAUCGGAAUCUCCCGAACCGGCUCCAGCAUGUUCGAGGAGGCCAGCGAGGUGUUGGAGAACAUGCUAAAGUGGUCGUUCCCGCUGAGUUUGGUGCUGUUUCUGGUGCUGGUGUGUCCGCUGCGCGCGGAAGCGGCGCAUGAGUUCAGUGUGUACCGCAUGCAGCAGUACGACCUGCAGGGACAAACCUACGGUUCGCGUAAUGCCAUUUUAAACACCGAGGCUCGUUCGGUGGAGGCCGAGGUGCUCAGCCGUCGAUGCGUGAUGAUGCGGCUCGCCGAUUUCUCUUUCGAGAAAUACCAGAAAGCCCUCCGGCAGUCUGCGGGAGCCGUGGUCAUCAUUCUGCCCCAGAACAUGUCCACUAUGCCCCAGGACAUAGUGCAGCAGUUCAUGGAGCUGGAGCCGGAGCUGUUGGCCACCGAGACCAUCGUGCCCGUGUACUUCGCCCUGGAGGACGAGGAGCUGCUGUCCAUCUACACACAGACACAGAUCUCCUCUUCCUCACAGGGGUCUUCAUCAGCAGCUGAAGUGCUGCUGCACACAGCGACGGCUAAUGGUUUUCAGAUGGUGACCAGUGGAGCUCAGAGUAAAGCUGUCAGUGACUGGGCCAUUACCAGUCUAGAGGGGCGUCUCACUGGUGCGGGAGAAGAUCUGCCCACUAUCGUCCUGGUUGCUCACUACGACUCUUUCGGGGUUGCUCCGUGGCUGUCGUACGGCGCGGACUCGAAUGGUAGCGGAGUGGCUGUGUUGCUGGAGCUCGCGAGACUGUUUUCCAGACUCUACUCCUACAAGAGGACGCAUGCAGGAUACAACCUGCUGUUUUUCUUGUCGGGAGGCGGGAAGUUUAACUACCAAGGCACUAAACGCUGGCUGGAGGACAAUCUGGAUCACACAGACUCCAGUCUUCUCCAGGACAACGUGGCGUUUGUUUUGUGUCUGGACACUCUGGGUAACAGCGACAACCUUCACCUCCAUGUGUCCAAGCCACCGAAAGAGGGAAGCCCACAGCACACCCUCCUCAAAGAGCUGGAGACCGUGGCGGCCCAUCAGCACCCCGAGCUGAAGUUCUCAAUGGUCCACAAGAAGAUCAACCUGGCGGACGACACGCUGGCGUGGGAACAUGAGCGCUUCGGCAUCCGCCGCCUGCCCGCCUUCACCCUGUCCCGCCUGGAGAGCCACCGCAGCGCCGAGCGCCACUCCAUCAUGGACAUGCGGUCAGUGUCGGGACAGGCCACCGCUGGGCCUCACGUGGAUCUGGCGAAACUCACUCGCAACACUAAAGUCAUCGCAGAAACGCUGGCGAGAGUGAUAUACAACCUGACGGAGAAAGGUGCCAGCGGAGACCUGGAGAUCUUCACUGAACAGAUGCAGGUGCAGGAGGACCAGCUGGAGUCACUGGUGGACUGGCUGACGGCACAGCCACGGGCCGCACAGCUGCUGGAUAAAGACAGUAGCAUAGUUAACACACUGGAGUAUUACCUGAACCGCUAUCUGAAGGACGUCAAGAGGCAUCUGGUCCGAGCCGACAAGAGGGAUCCUGAAUUUGUCUUUUAUGAUCAACUUAAGCAGACCAUGAAUGCUUAUAGGGUAAAACCAGCGAUCUUUGACCUGCUGCUCGCCGCCUGUAUCGCAGCUUAUCUUGGAGUGCUGUAUUUGGCCGUCCUGAAUUUUGGAUUUCUGUACGGUUUCCUGCGUAGAGUCACGGCUCCUCGGGUCAAACAACACUAACCCGUGGCCGGCCGUCUCUUCACGCACCUGCAAUACGAGGAGCCAAGAGUGUGUUUGCUUUCUUUACAUCACACCUAGUUUUUUUGAUUGAUUGAUUACUUUUUUGAGAAUGUACGUUAAUUUCCAUGCCAAGUGUUUCAUCCACUACAUCUCCAUCUGCCUUUCAAGUCUUCCUGGUCUCGAUGUUGCCUCAAGUUCUGUUUCCUGAAAACUGCAAUCCAUAAUCAUUCAAACGGAGUUAAUUUAAUCAGGCAAACUUUACAUUUCGGUGUG